CACUCAUUCUACCACAGUUUUUCAAUUUCUUUUCUCUCGAUUAUUAUCUAAGACUAAAACAAUGACUUUCUUCACGGCCAUGAUCUCUCUUCUCCUCAUCGUUCUCUCUGUUUCCUCAACUUAUGUUCCUACAAAUUCUAUUACACAAUUGUCUACUCCAACUCCACCUGCAAAUCCUGUAGCACAAUUGUCUACUCCAACUCCACCUGCAAAUUCUAUUGCACAAUUAUCUACUCCAACUCCACCAGCAAAUCCUAUUGCACAAUUGUCUACUCCAACUCCACCUGCUAAUCCUAUAACACAAUUAUCUACUCCAACUCCACCGGCAAAUCCUAUUGCGCAAUUGUCUACUCCAACUCCACCUGCAAAUCUUAUUGCACAAUUGUCUACUCCAACUCCACCUGCAAAUCCUAUUGCACAAUUGUCUACUCCAACUCCACCUGCAAAUCCCAUUGCAAAAUUAUCUACUCCAACUCCACCUGCAAAUCCCAUUGCAAAAUUAUCUACUCCAACUCCACCUGCAAAUCCUAUUGCACAGCGUAUCUAUUUUUUCCUUUUAUCUACUCCAACUCCACCGGCAAAUCCUAUGGCACAAUUGUCUACUCCAACUCCACCUGCAAAUCCUAUUGCACAACUAUCUACUCCAACUCCGCCGGCAAAUCCUGUUGCACAAUUAUCUACUCCAACUCCACCGGCAAAUCCUAUUGCACAAUUGUCUACUCCAACUCCACCUGCAAAUCCUAUUGCACAACUAUCUACUCCAACUCCGCCGGCAAAUCCUAUUGCACAAUUAUCUACUCCAACACCACCGGCAAAUCCUAUUGCACAAUUGUCUACUCCAACUCCACCUGCAAAUCCUAUUGCACAACCUGAAGUAUCUACUCCAACUCCACCGGCAAAUCCUAUUGCACAAUUGUCUACUCCAACUCCACCUGCAAAUCCUAUUGCACAACUAUCUACUCCAACUCCGCCGGCAAAUCCUGUUGCAUUUUUUACUCCAACUCCGCCUGCUAAUCGUAUUGCUCGUUCUACAGUUCUUGCUGCUGGACGAUCAGGAUCAGGACCAUCCGCUGCUCCAGCUCCACGCCCUUCUCAGACGAGCCAUGGAUCUUCGUUGAUUCCAAUCUCUGGCUUGACAUUUGUAAUCAGUGGCGCAUUGGUCAUAUUGUUCUCUCAUAUCUAAAACCCGAGAUCCCUUUACCUAAAUAAAGACCUAAGCGUAUUUUAAAUUA